UACACUCCAUAAAUGUCCUCGCGUAUAUUACGCUCCACCGCCUUAGGAAAUCUACCGACCUAGUGCCGUCAUUUAAAAAACAAAAAUUAUAAAUUUAUCCAACAAACGCCUGUCACCAAAAUCCCCUCACCACCGUAACAACAACAACCCACGUAUAAACCUAAGCUCCCAUAACACAACUCAUGUCAAUCCCUCACACCACCUUCUUAAUUCAACACACACCACACUGUCAUCGGAGAAUCUCCCCAUAGUUUUAACCGCAGUAAAAUAGUUUUUUAAUCUAACCAAGGUUAAUAAAACUCAACCACGGUUAGUACCCACUCAACUAGCAGUUUAUAUGCCAACCAGAGUGAGCCUGUACGUUCACAGCACCAAAAAAAUGAUGAUCGGAGAGCGAAACCACCCAAAUCCGAUGGUACAUGUACCUCCGUGGACUGUCUCCGACGAUCCAACGGUUGACAUCUCUUUUCCUUUUUCCGUAACUGGCAUUUCCGUCAACCAUAACGGCAAUGCCGACGACUGCUAUCCGUUCGAUGCUCUGACGGCGCUGCACCGUUACCUCCCGUCAAACGACGUCGAUUUGGAGUCCGAGGAGUCGGGUCGCGAGUCGGACCUCCCGGUGGACCCGUACUCGUGCGAUCAGUUUCGGAUGUUCGAGUUCAAGGUCCGAAAGUGCAUGAGAGGCCGAUCACACGACUGGACCGAGUGUCCCUACGCUCAUCCGGGAGAGAAAGCUCGCCGUAGAGACCCGAGAAAGUUCAACUAUUCGGGUACGGCUUGCCCCGAAUUCCGAAAAGGGAACUGUAAGAAAGGUGAUGCCUGUGAGUUCGCACAUGGCGUGUUCGAGUGCUGGCUCCAUCCGGGUCGGUACCGGACUCAGCCAUGCAAGGACGGUCCCAACUGUCGCCGCCGGGUCUGCUUUUUUGCCCAUAUGCCCGACCAGCUUCGGGUUCUGAGCCCGAGAACUCCCGGAUCUGUGGAGUCCUAUGAUGGGUCUCCUCUCAGGCUUGCUAUGGAGGGUUCUUGUGCUAAAGGGUUGACUUUCAUGUCCUCGCCGGAGUCUAUUUCGCCGCCGUCUGAGUCGCCGCCGAUGUCUCCGAUGACUACUAACUCACUGAGUCGGUCUCUGGGUUCGAACUCGAUCAACGAAAUGGUGGCUUCUCUGCGUCAGUUACAGCUCAACAAGGUCAAGUCGAUGCCUUCUUCAUGGGGUAUCCAGAUGGGCGGUUCUCCUGGUUUCGUGUCUCCCAGGUUGUCAUUGACCCGACCCGCUUUCUGCAGUUUGCCAUCGACUCCGACUAGGGCCCGUACCCGGACAGGAAUCGGGUCUUUUGAUCUGUGGGACAAAGGGGUGUGCGAGGAGGAACCCGUGAUGGAGAGGGUCGAGUCGGGUCGGGAUCUUAGGGCCAAGAUGUUCGAGAAACUAAGCAGGGAAAACCCGUUGGAUCGGGCUGACCCGGCACAACCUACUUCAGGUCCAGAUGUUGGGUGGGUCUCAGAGCUGGUAAAGUAAAGUGGUUCUGGUUCUUGUUCUUGUUCUUUUGGAUGGUUAAUUGUCAAUGAUUUUCAUGGCUUGGGUUAAUUUGGGUGGUAUUUUGUUCCCUCUCUCUAUCUCUUUUUAUCUUUUGUGAAUAUUUAUGAAGAUAUAUAUAGAGAGGAGAAGAUGGAAUGUGUUUUUGGAAGCAACAGUUUGAAGAUUCUGUAAAUGAGUACAAAAAUGGUAAAUUAGUGGAAGAAGAGUGUAGAUUCUCUUUUUUUGGGGUGGGGGAAUUAUCUCUCUGAGAGAAUUGGAAGUCAUUUUGUAUAGAAAGACUCUGAGCUGCCUAAAAGAUAACAGAGGUUAGCAGAACAUUGGAUUAAUUUCCCUUUUAAUAUUUUUUGGUUUGUCUUGUAUUUUAUGUUGUGAUCAUCUCAAUUAACUGAUCUUGUUAUUGUACAAAUUUUAUUUAUGAUCAAUGAAGAUGUUAAUGUACUGCAUAGUUUGUAUCAAGUGUUUCUUUGUUCUCAA